AUGGCUCCACAGAAAAUAAGAUUGUAUAACGACGAUUAUAUAAAGUUUGGUUUCACGUUCAUUCAAAAGGAUGGUAUCCAAAUGCCACAGUGUGUUAUUUGUCACGUUGUGUUAAGUAACGAUGCUCUCCGACCAAGACAACUAGAACGACAUUUAACCACAGCUCAUCCGAUGCUAAAAGAAAAACCUAAAGAGUUUUUUGUUGCUAAAAAAAAUUCUUUAAAUAAAAUGAAACUUGACAGAACCGGAGAAUUUCAACAGAAUAAUGAAAAAAUUAUUGAAUCUUCAUAUCACAUCGCCUUUAUGGUGGCUCAGCAAAAGAAACCACAUACAUUGGGUGAAACAUUAAUUAAGCCUAGCAUACUUAAAGCCGUUGAAAUAGUACUUGGUGAAGAAAGUAAAAGGAAAGUUUCUCAAAUAUCUCUUUCAGACAAUACAAUCAAACGACGCAUUGAUGAAUUAGCUUUGGACAUACAAAAUCAGUUGAUUCAUAAAUUAAAAAAUUCCGUAUUCUUUGCAAUUCAGUGUGAUGAAUCAACUGAUGUGGCCAAUUGUUGUCAGCUAUUAGUUUACUGCCGUUUUAUAAAUGAAAAGACUAUUGCAGAAGAGCUUAUGUUUUCCCAGGCCUUAAGUUCCACCUCAAAAUUCAGUGACGUUUUGUCUGCCAUCGAUAUAUUUUUUGAUCAGAAUGGCCUCUCUUGGAAAAAUGUUGUAGGUGUAUGUACAGACGGUGCCCCUGCUAUGCUAGGAUCACGAUCGGGUUUUGUGAAGCUUGCAAAAGAUAAAAAUCCAUCAAUAAUUGGUUCUCAUUGUGUAAUACACCGCCAAGCCUUAGCUGCAAAAACGCUGCCAUUUGAAAUUAAAAAUAUUCUUUGUUCUGAGCUAUCAGCCCAACAUUCUGUUUUAUUAUUCCAUACCGAGGUUCGUUGGUUAUCCAAAGGAAAUAUGCUUGAGCGUUUGUACGAAUUAAAGUCUGAAGUCGAAAUAAUGCUUUUACAAUUAGGAAAAGACGAUCUUCGGGAAAAUUUUACUGAUGAAAAUUUCACAUUCUACUUCGCAUAUCUAAAAAGAUACAACUGUGGAAACUGUGUAAACAAAGAGACUCCUAAUUUUUCGUCUUUCCGUCGACUGAACGAACUUCUCUCUGAUGAAGAAGAACCAUUUUGUCCUACUGGAUUGAAAGAUAUAGUGAUUAAACAUCUCGACAGUUUGACUGAUGAAUUCACUCGAUAUUUUCCAAUUUUUUCGAACAAAAGUUGGCAAUAUAUGUUAACAAGUUCUCCAUUCAGUACUAACGUAGACACAUUGCCAGAUAUAAUUCAAGAACAGGCAAUCGAGCUGAAGAACGAUUCACGGGCGAAAAUUGAUUUUAACAGUGGUAGCUCUUUGGAAGAAUUUUGGGUAAAAUACCAACCUAUUUAUCCUGAAAUUUCAAAUGAAGCUUUAAAAGUCCUUGUACAAUUUUCAUCUACAUAUUUGUGUGAAUCUGGGUUCUCCAGCAUGGCAGUUAUAAAAAACAAACAGAAAUCGUUUAGAUGUCGCAUCUGA